AACCUCCUGGCGCUGACGCUAGGUCGUUAGGUUGGCAACCACGUUGCCGACAUUUUAUGCAAGAAUUACGUUGUGCUUGUGAUGCGAUCGGAAAGUUAGCGGCUUCUUCUCCAAGGUCUUCAACAACGAAUUGUACGAUGCAGAUUUGCGCGAUACCACGUCACCGUCCGUCACGUACGUUCAGUGUGGUAGCUGACACGAUACACAUUUGUUAGAUUCUCAACGCGGUCGCCGAGCGUGCAGUUUCAGCAGUUAACGACUUUCCCGCCUCUCGAGAUUAAAAAGACAAUGGGAAAACAAAGUACAAUGGCUAUCACUCCAGUGUCCAAGCGUGUGACACGUCUGAGAGCUCGUGAACAAUCUGUGAGGACUGCGUCCUCGCAAAGGAUCCUCACAAAGGACCCUACACCCAAGAAAGUUGUCACCCGUAAACAAUCUGUGAGGACUGCGUCCUCGCAAAGGAUCCUCACAAAGGACCCCACACCCAAGAAAGUUGUCACCCGUAAACAAUCUGUGAGGACUGCAUCCUCGCAAAGAAUCCUCACAAAGGACCCCACAUCCAAGAAAGUUGUCACCCAUAAACAAUCUGUGAGGACUGUGUCCUCGCAAAGGAUCCUCACAAAGGAUCUCAAGAAAGUUGUCACUAUUAAUACAAAGGAUAUUAAUGUUAGUGCAAAAGACAAAAGUUUGCAUGUACCACAAGAAAAUGUAUCUCUAAGAAACACUCGAACGCCAUUACUACGUUUACGUCCUCGUCGAAAUAAAAAAAAUUACUGCGAGAACUCAAAGUUGCUGCAGCAGUAUAUUUCGCCGGAACAGCAGGACAGUAGGGUGAUACUGGAGAAGAUACAUUUGAAAGAUGACAAAAAAGUGCCGGUGUACAAAGCUGUAGAACCUUCUGAGAAAUCCUUGGAAGACAAGAAUGAUGUAUAUGACUUCAAGUUUGACUUGAAUGACGCGAGAGAGAAAGCUAGCAAGAAAAGAAAAAGGAACGUUAACAAAGAGAAGGAAAGAAAUGUUAACAAACCGACCAAGAAAACGACGCGUAAGAAAGUUACUGCACGAACGAAAGCAAUUGACCGUGAGAUAAUAGAAUCUGCUAAACCCGCUGGAAAUCUGCCGAUGAAGAUUGCACAGGGCGAUACUUCAGAAAUUCCAGGUACAAAAUCGACAAAGAAAGACAGCGCGAAGAAAAUUGAAACAAAAAUAGAUACGGAUAUUCGGCCAGUGGACGAAUCGAUGAACAAAGAUACUGAAAAAGAAAUCGAGCCGCCGAGAAUAGAGGUAGAUCUUCAGACGAUAGAAGAGACCGAGCCACCAAGAAUAGAGGCAGAUAUUCAUAUGACAGAAGAGUUUGAGCCACCAAGAAUAGAGGCAGGUACUCAGAUGAUAGAAGAGUGGAGUUCAGCAGAUGAAGAUGAUGCGGAAGCACCGAGAGCAAACACAAAUAUUCACAAUCAAACAACUUUACCUGGCACGUAUAUAAAACAAGUUGGAAAGGAGAAUGCGGGCAAGCCGAGAGUUGUAUCUAUCGAAAACGCGAAUAAUAUUAUAGUCACCAAAUCCCCAUCCAAUAGAACUGGAGAUUCGCAGCCCUUUCGACCAAAGAGUAUAUUUGAUAAUAAAAUCUCGUUGAAGGAACCGAACAACACGUUGAGAUGCUCCUUGAUGAAAACUUUGUCGCCCAUCCAGAAGAGCACGGCAGAAACCGAGAUUGAUUUUAGCAGUCCGUGGCGACCUCCGACGUUAAUGUUUUCUCAAACCAAACACUUUAUUCAGAGUACACCGUAUAAGAUCCAUGAAACGAAGACAGUAAAUAAGGGAUUAAAUAAGAAGAGCGUGGAAACGAAUAAGGAGAACGUGGAAAUGAAUAGGGAUGAGAAUGAAAACAUGGAAAUGGAUAAAGAAAAUAUGGACACGAAUAAGGAGAAUAAAGGCGGAAGGGACAAAGAAAACAAAAAGAAGAUCGUCGGUCUUCGCAAAAAGCACGCAAUUCAAAGGAAACUUUCAGUUUCGGAGAAUCAGUCGCCAGAGAAAGUUAAAGCGGCAGUUGCGAGCAAGCCUGUUGCACAACCUGCCAGAGUGUCUCUAGGAGAAAUCAAGAAUUUGUUACAAAGACCGAAUGUUAACGGGGAUAACAAGCAGACGGUGGAUCAGGCGCAUGCUGAAGUUGACAAAUUACACUUGGAGCAGAGGAAGCUUCCAGUGUCGGAGAAUCGGCCUCCGAGGAAAAUUAAAGUGGCAAGCAAGCCUGCCAGGGUAUCUCUAGGAGAAAUAAAGAAUUUAUUACAAGGACCGAAUGGGGAUAACAAACAGACGGUAGAUCAGGCGGAUGCUGAAGUUGACAAAUCGCACGUAGAGCCGAGGAAUAAGCAACUCUUGGAUGUUCUCAAUUUUUCCGACACAUUUGACGUCUUGUCUGAAAGUGAGAAGCUAUCAAAUAUUGGAAAUGACGCUCCAUUGUUUAUGGAUUUAGAACCCUCACAUUUUUCGAAGCCGGCCCAACAUUCAUACAGAAGAAAACGUGCCGUGAAGUUUGAUCUUCAUUCGGAAGAUAGCGAUGAGGAAGAGAAUGAAAACGUUAAAUUACCGCCGAAGAAAAAGAAACUUACGAAAUUAGAGAAAGAGCAAGAGAAGAGGCUAAACGAAUGGGUAAAAACUGUUAACACUACAUUCCAAGAAAUCGAAGAAUAUGACUUGGUGAUUGAGUAAUAUGGAAAGUGAAAUUGUUACGGCAAGAUUAAGGACCUGAAAGAAUUUAAAGCUGAUGAACCGAUCCUCUUUCUUAACUCAGUUUGAAACUAUUUAUUAUAAUGUUAUUUAAUUUCAGAUCUCAUCUUUUAUUUGGAUUUUUUUUGCAUGCACGAAAUUUUAUUUAUAAGAGGAUAAUUUCAUGUAUGAUGAUUUUAAUUUUAAAACUAUUGGUUCAGAGAAAGCAAAGGUUCUCAUAUUUCAUUAUCACAAGUCCUAUUAAAAUUUUAUAAAAAUCUUUAAAAAAAAUUGUCAUAUUGUAUUUUUAUGGGAAGUGUAGGAUAAUUUUUAUGAUUGUACAAUAAUAGAUAUUAAACUUUCAUAUAUUAUUCAUGACGUAAUAGUUAUAUAUGGCAUAACGAGAUAUAAAAAUAAUAUAAUAGUUAUAGAUGGAAGCGUACAAUUUAUUUAAGACCAUACUAAAUCAGUAUGUUAUGAUAUUAAUAUGUUGUAUAUAAUAAAAUAUUUUUGAAGUUAUA